AUUUGAACCAUUUAGUGGGAAUUUUAAACAGACAAGGACAUAGUUAUGUUUCUGCCCACCGUAUAUUUUUGAAAUUGUUCAUCAUUCAUAAUUGUGUAAGUGAUGCAGAACCAGUCAGUAAAUCAAUCAAAUAAUCACCAAACAAAACGUAGCUCAUAUACAAAUUACGGUAAACAGCUUCAGAAUUCAGUGUCUGGCCAACAACCGCACCACCACCACCAACAACAACAGAUUUGGCCGUCGUCUUUGCCAACAGGUUGGAGACGUGAAGAAUGUAUGCGACCUAAUGGAUUAGGUACUGGGAAGUCAGAUGUUUAUUAUAUUAGGUAGUCUAUGUAUUACUAGCUAAUGUCAUUGAUUUCUCUUUCUCUCCCUCCCUCCUAUAUUAUUUGGCAGUCCUCAAAAUCAAGUUGUACGAAAUAAACAAGAAAUGCAAUUAAUUUUAGGUGAUAAAUAUGAUAUUGGUCUGUUUGAUUGGAGAAUGGGUAAAUUUGUGAUGAGCAACAACAACAGUAAUAAUAAUGCUAAUAAGUCGAAAAGACUGGAAGAGCCAACUGCAGACACAUCAUCAGCAUCGUCACCAACAGCUAAAGUUCCACGUUUAGAUAAUCAGUGUAGUUUACCAAUGAGAAGGUGUCCAUUCCCGAUAACAAAUGACGUUAAACCGGUUAUUGUACGUUCUCAUCCUGAGUGUAAACGAACUGAUGUAAAGAAUACCAGUCAAGAAACUCCUCAUCAGUUAUUUUGGGAAAAACGAUUAUCUGAUCAUGUGGCUAUUGAUCCGGAUACUGGUGAAUCUUUCAAACCCUUUUUUUUGCCUAAAGGAAUACAGAGUGCUGGAGUACCAGGUUAUCAACCUGCUCAGUUAGUUCAUAGUUUAAUUCAUGCGUUGUCAUCAUCAUCCUCUAAGAUUUCUCCAAUUAUUGGUCAAGAGCAACAACCUUCAGCUAUUGAGAAAAAUCCCUGUGUUGUUAUUAAUCAUUUACAACCAAUGAUUAAAACAUUUAUUGUAACCGAUGACGAUAUACGUCGACAAGAAGCUCGUGUCAAAGAACUACGGAAAAAACUGGAAAUUGCAAGAAAAAAAUUACAUCCGCGAUAUGAAACUGAACGAGAAGGAUGAACAUGCUUGUGUCUGUAUAUCAAUCGGCAAACAGUUGUUUCUUUUUUGUUAUUAUUAAUACCUCUCUUUAUUGCUACCCGAUUGUAUAAACGGUCAUAGUACUCUUAAUUUCAGUAUUGUUGCGUUUUUCUUGUCAGGGUUCAGUUUUCACUUUGAGCCUUUUGUACAAAAAAAAAUAAAUGUAUGUUCUGUGUGCAUAUGCAUAAAGAAAAUUCUCUAAUGCAACAUAGUUUUCCCAAUUGCUAUUCUUAUAUUAUCACUACUUCGGUCAACAGUAUGGUAGUUAAUUUAUAUUUUUCCGGUUAUAAAUUCGUCGUACCUAACUUCGAAUCACACUAGUGAUACCACCGAUUGUUUGCCUAAACUAAAAUAGCUAGAAUGUGAUUUAAACUAACAACUUGAUGGCUGAAAGUUGAACACCUUGACUAUUAAACCGCCCCUCCCUUUGC